AUGGUACCGAAGCCCUCAGGCACCGCCGUCCAGUCGGCCACGCACCGACCCCUCCCACCACUGCCAAAACUCCGCGUCCGCCGACCGAACAAGCCAGAAGCGAACCCAUGCUUGGGAGCAAUGUCAUCAGUUCUGGGAUGCUGGGCGUCUUCCGGCUACAGUGUGCAAGGCUGCGCACAGCUUGAACAGAAACUACGGCAAUGCAUGGAUGCGCCACGAAACCCCAACCAGAAGAAGAACAACAUCAACUACCACCUCUCAAGAAUGUACCCCAAGAUCGUCGGCCCCCACAAGCGGGACUAG